CUUCUUUCUCGCUGUUCUAACGCAACCGUCUGUUACUAGUUUAUGAAAAUGGAUCACAACAAGAGUUUCUUGUCAAUAUUCUGCUUUGUCCUCGCAAGCAUUGGUCUUGUUUCUGCUCAAGUGUGCUCAAACAAUGCAGGGUCUUUCAGGCCAAACGGUACUUAUGACGUAAAUCGUCGUCUUAUUCUCUCCUAUCUUCCCUCCAAUGUCACAGGUCGAGGUGGCUUCUAUAAUGCUUCUGUCGGCCAAGAACCGAAUAGAGUCUAUGCCGUGGGGAUGUGCAUUCCAGGUGCUAAAGAUGAGGAUUGUUCUGAUUGCAUCAAUGCCGCGUCUGAUGAAAUAAUACGGAGUUGUCCCAACCAAACGGAAGCCUUUUCAUGGCCCCGUGACCCCACGCUUUGCCUCAUUCGAUACUCCAACCGUUCGUUUUUCGGAAAGCUUGAUAUGCAGCCGAGUGUAAGCCUUUUCAACACCGGAGAUCUCGGAGGGAAUUUAACAGAUUUCGAUAGAAUAUGGGAGGGGUUAACCCUUCGUGUGAUAGCUGCGGCUUCCUCGGGCGAGGCCAAUGAGUCAUCAUCCUCAAAACGUAGCUAUUAUGCAGCUGAUGUAGCAGCAUUGACGACCUUCCAGAAUAUAUAUGCAUUAAUGCAAUGCACUCCGGAUAUAUCUCCGGGAGAUUGUAACCGCUGUCUACGACAAAGUGUUGGUGAUUAUCAGGCAUGCUGCCGUGGAAAGCUGGGCGGGGCUGUCAUGAAACCGAGCUGCUUCUUCCGAUGGGAUUUAUAUCCUUACUCUGGAGCCUUCGAUAAUAUUGCGUUGGCUCCUCCUCCACCGAGCAAUCAGGCCGACAGGAGCAAGAAAGACAAUGGAAUGAUCUCAACCGGAGCUAUCGUUGCAAUUGUUGUUCCCACUGUUGUUGUCUUCUUAGUGUUACUUGCUGUAGGAAUGGCUGCUUGCUGGAGGAGAAAAGCCUGUAAGGAAAUUGAAGUAGAAACUGAGGAUGACAUCACAACCGAACGCUCGCAGCAAUUCGAUUUUAAGACAAUUGAAGCUGCAACAAAUCAAUUUUCGGAGAGCAACAGGCUCGGGGGAGGUGGAUUUGGUGAAGUUUACAAGGCCACGUUUAUGAACGGAACUGAGGUUGCAGUGAAGAGAUUAUCAAAAGAAUCAGGACAAGGCACACAAGAAUUUAAAAACGAGGCUGCUCUUGUCGCAAAGCUUCAACACAGGAAUCUUGUUAGGCUCCUCGGAUUUUGUGUGGAAGGAGAAGAGAAGUUACUUGUCUACGAGUUUGUGCCCAACAAAAGCCUCGACUAUUUCCUGUUUGACCCUACAAAGCAAAGCCGACUAGACUGGACGAUACGGAACAAUAUCAUUGGAGGGAUUGCUCGAGGAGUUCUUUACCUUCAUCAAGAUUCACGGCUCACAAUCAUACAUCGUGAUCUCAAAGCAAGUAACAUUCUCUUGGAUGCUAAUAUGAACCCGAAAAUUGCAGAUUUUGGCAUGGCUAGGAUUUUCGGGAUGGACCAAACUCAAGCCAAAACCAGUAGAAUAGUCGGUACCUACGGUUACAUGUCUCCCGAGUAUGCGAUGCGUGGGCAGUUCUCGAUGAAAUCUGAUGUGUAUAGCUUCGGAGUACUGAUUCUCGAGAUUGUCAGUGGCAAGAAGAACAGCGGCCUCUACCAGAUAGACGGCAAUGGAGGCAGUUUAAUCACACACGCUUGGAGACUUUGGAGAAACGGGUCACCGCUAAAGUUCGUGGAUCCAACCAUUGGAGAGAAUUAUCAGAACAACGAAGUGGCGAGAUGUAUGCAUAUCGGUCUGUUAUGUGUUCAAGAAGAUCCAACAGUUCGUCCAACAAUGUCGACCAUCAUCUUGAUGCUCACUAGCAACACCAUCACUCUACCUGCUCCCCGACAACCUGGAUUUUUGUUGCAAAGCAGACAUGAUCAAUCCACACCAGAAUCUCGGUAGAUCUAUCUGUAGACCUCAAUGAUUAUUGACGGGUUUUGCCCUGGAAACGAAAAUCUUUGGCCUUUUGCUCUGUUUCUGUUUCAAUCGAAUCAGUUCUCAGACUU